CUAGUAAAGCCAGAUUGCACUCCUUAAUCCCUCGCAUUCGUAUAUAUCUGUUGUUGCUUCUCACUUCUUCAGUUUUCUCAGUUGUCCUUUACUCUUACACCUGCAAAACCCCCGGGGAAAGACUUUAGCCAACUCGAAAAUUUUCUAUAAUCUCCCCGUCAACCGGCUUAAUCCCAGGUAAGUCUUCGUUCUUUCAUUCGCUAUGGGAUUCCAAUUUGUUCACAACGAAAGUGUAUCUAUUCGAUGAGCAUCUCCUAUCCCAAUAAACCGCUAUUAUGCAAUUGGGUAUUCUCAGCUUAAUGGGAAUUUCUCAACUCGAUAGCACAAAGUAUUUCGAGCUCCCCUUGUUUAGAUAUUCCAAUCUGCUUGCGGGUUUCUUGGAUUUGUUGGGUAUUUCAAGGACUCGAAAAUAAUGGGGAUUCCCCGAUGCUUUAUAGGUAGUAAAAAUGAAUUCUUUAGCUCUAUUUGGUACGAGGAAUGUUUAUAAAUCUUGUUAUAUUAUCAUUGUAUCCAGAAAAUUAUGCGAUGGUGGUUUUGAUAGGGAUAAAAUCGAUAGUGAGUUUUAUUAUUCGGAGGAACCCUUGAAGAGAAUGUAUAAGGGUUCCAGUUUUGACUCUGUUUUUGAUGGAAAUCACGAUAAUUUUGGGGCGUAUGCAAGCGGCUCGGUAGGCCGUUUACCAACCAGGCAUGGAUUUUUCAAGAGCGGGAGGGACGAUGCUAGGAGAAUUCUUGAGGUUUUACAACAAGAUGGGCCGGGAUUUGAUGCAAAAGCAGCUCUUAGUGAAAUGCAGAUGAGGGUUUCAGGGUUUCUUGUGAGAGAAGUCCUUGUGGGAAUUUUGAAGAACAUAAAUUAUGCGAAUAAGACCAGGUGUGCAAAACUAGGGUACAAGUUUUUCGUGUGGUCUGGUCAGCAAGAAACUUAUAGGCAUACUACAAACUCGUAUCAUUUGAUAAUGAAGAUAUUUGCAGAGUGUGAGGAAUACAAGGCAAUGUGGAGACUAGUAGAUGAGAUGAUCGAGAAUGGGUACCCUACAACAGCAAGGACAUUUAACAUUUUGAUAUGCACGUGUGGAGAGGCAGGCUUGGCUAGGAAAGUUGUGGAGAGGUUCAUCAAGUCAAAGACAUUCAAUUAUAGGCCAUUUAAGCAUUCGUAUAAUGCCAUUCUGCAUACACUUCUUGUUGUGAACCAGUACAAGCUGAUUGAGUGGGUCUACCAGCAGAUGUUAGCCGAGGGUCUUGCCCCAGAUACUCUAACGUACAAUAUUCUUAUGUGUGCAGAAUACCGAUUGGGUAAGUUGGAUCAAUUUCACAGAUUACUUGAUGAAAUGGGUAGAAGUGGAUUUUCCCCUGAUUUUCAUACGUAUAACAUUCUUCUCCAUGUUCUUGGCAAAGGGGAUAAGCCACUAGCAGCAGUUAAUCUUUUGAAUCACAUGAAAGAAGUGGGAUUAAACCCAGGUGUUCUUCAUUUCACAACAUUGAUUGAUGGCCUAAGUCGUGCUGGAAACUUGGAUGCUUGCAAGUAUUUUUUCGAUGAAAUGAUAAAGAUUGGAUGCAUGCCAGAUGUGGUUUGCUACACUGUAAUCAUUACGGGAUUCAUUGUGGCUGGGGAGCUUGAUAAAGCUCAAGAAAUGUUUGAUGAGAUGAUUGCCAAUGGACAACUUCCCAAUGUAUUUACAUACAAUUCGAUGAUUCGUGGUUAUUGUAUGGCCGGAAAGUUUGAGGAGGCAUGCUCCAUACUUAAGGAAAUGGAAGCUAGGGGAUGUAACCCAAAUUUUGUUGUGUAUAGUACCCUAGUGAGUCAUUUGCGGAAUGCUGGAAGGCUUUCUGAAGCUCGUGAAGUAAUAAAAAACAUGGUGGAGAAGGGGCAAUAUGUUCAUCUACUCUCAAAGAUCAAAAGAUUUAGAAGAUGCUGAAGCAGGAGAUUGUACAAUAUAAAGAUUGUUAACUGUAACUUAAUUACCAGUAUACUCGAUGAUUCAGGUAUGUCAGUGCCACAUAUCUGCUGCCUUUAAUAGAUGUCAAGGGAGAAGCGAGUAGAAAGGAUAAAGUAUUGACUUGGAGGACUAAAUAUCAGUUAAUAAUUGAUUGUUAGUUCCGAAAAGCAUGAAAGGGAAAAUAUAGGAGCUGAAGUUUUUUGAGGAAGACUGAUGUACUCUCUAUCCCCUAAAACUACAGUCUCUCCUAACAGGAGAAAAGCAGCAUUCUGUUUUCCCAAGAGUCAAAAGGAAGUGGAUUGUUGGUUGGUGAUCGUGGUGCCAUUGGCGAUGAGCUGCGCACUGAUCCCAUUAAGGUGAUAAUGUUUCUACUUGAGUUUGUUAUACCCCUUCCUUGAUAUGUAUCUGGGUCAAAUGUAAGCACCUGCAAUUGUGUUAAUUAUCAUGUUGUUCAUAGUCAAGGACCGUCUCUCAUUUUUCCUCAGAAAUUGUGUGGGACUGAAAAGGAGGAAAGGAUGAUUUUCAUAUAGAGUGUAGAGAAUGUUGUUUCCAUUGGCACUGGGAAGAGGGCAAUAAAAUGAUAUUGUGCUCGUCCAUUUUCUCAUCAUGCAGUGCCUCUAAGCUUACAAGGCUGCUGUCCUUGGCGACGUUAUUGCUGAAUUCCAGUUUGGCUUGUGUUAGAUUUAAUGCAGCAUACAAAGGUGAAUGAGUUAAAUGACCUGACAGAAGAUAGAAUGAGAUCUCCGGCUAGUAUUGAGUGAUUGUUUCUUGUAGGGUUAAGUGGAACGUGCCCAUUGAUCCCUUGUGGAAGAUAUUGGCUUCAGUUUUGCUAUGAUAUGUCAUUCCCAUCCUUCACGAGGAGUGUGGAAGGUCUCACUUGAAUAAGUUUUUAGUCUUCAAGCUCGGGUAUUGCCACAAGGAAGGAGAUUUUUUGUGGCUAUGUUGAAGAGAAAUGAUGACCUUCAGGCUUCCACCAUAAUUACUGCUUUUUGAAUCUGUAUCCCAUUCCUAGGACUACAGAUAAAUGCUUGAUGCCUUUCUGCAAUUAUCUACAUUAUGAUAAGUAUUGGGAAUCUUCUAGUUCACUGCUGUAUCCUCCAGUUUCAAGCUCUGACUUAGAGAAGAUUGAAGAUACCUCCUUGUAGUUGACUUCCAGUGACUUGCUAAGUUUGGAUUUUCGAUGUAGCAACUUCUCCUGUAGCGGAGGCAUACCAUUGUUUCUUGUGGAUGAUGAUGUGCUAUUUUACAGGAUUGAGAACAUAUGAAGUGGAAUCCUUAUUCCUCCAGUGUUCAAUACUCGCUGGGUUAUGGUUAGAACAUCAGGGUCGUCACUGUCACUUAUGUGCCAAUGUUGCAGGCGUAAACAAGACAGCUAAGCAGUCUGCCAUUUCAUGUAUUUUACGGUUGAAAACCAGUGCAUGGACGUAAGUGCAUUAAGUGGCGGAGAGAGAAUUUCGUUAUAAAACAAUCAUAUUAGAAGUAUAA